AUGGCCAAGAAGCGAAAGUCUCGUGCUUCACAACCUUCCGUUGAAGAACCAGUACCCAAGGAGGAGCCUCAAGAGCAGAUCAUUGAACCACAACAGCAACAGGAAACUAUCGCCAAUAAUGAUGUCGUUAAAGAGGAGGAGCUAGAGCAAGAAGCUGACGAAAUCGCUCAUAAUCUGGAGGAGAAUAAAGUAAAAGAUGAACAAGAAGAAGAAGAAGAAGAAGGAGAAGAAGAGGAUGAAGAAGAUCCUCAGGACGAUGACGAAGAAGAAGAAAGCGAAGAAGAAGCCACCGUAAACGACGUCAAGGUCGAAACCAACGGCGAUGGAGGAGAAGAAACCGAGGAUUUGGAGGACGAACCCGUAGAGAACCUUCUUGAGCCGUUCUCAAAGGAACAAUUAGUCUUACUGCUCAAGGAGGCCGUUGCAAAGCACCCUGAUUUGAUUGAAAGCGUUCAGAAGAUCGCUGAUGCGGACCCUGCCCACAGGAAGAUAUUUGUGCAUGGUCUAGGUUGGGAUACCAACGCCGAGAUUCUAACGAGCGAGUUUGGAAAAUAUGGCGAGAUCGAAGAUUGUAAGGCUGUGGUAGAUAAGGUCACCGGAAAAUCUAAAGGUUAUGCCUUUAUACUCUUCAAACACAGGGCCGGAGCUCAGAAAGCUUUGAGGGAACCUCAGAAGAAGAUCGGUAACCGCAUGACCUCAUGUCAGUUGGCUUCUGCUGGUCCAAUCCCAGCUCCUCCACCAACCGUUCCUCCGGUGUCAGAGUACACUCAAAGGAAAAUAUUCGUGAGCAACGUGUCUGCGGAGAUAGAUCCUCAGAAGCUUUUAGAGUUCUUUUCCAAAUACGGGGAGGUUGAGGAUGGGCCAUUAGGAUUAGAUAAGCAGACUGGAAAGCCUAGAGGGUUUGCUCUCUUCGUCUAUAAGAGUGUGGAAAGUGCCAAAAAGGCUCUGGAAGAGCCCCACAAGGUCUUUGAAGGGCACAAUUUGAAUUGCCAAAAGGCUGUUGAUGGUCCAAAGCCAAACAAACCUUACUUUCAACAGCAACACCAGCAUCACAACCAUCAUCAACAUCACAACCAGCAUCAGCAUCAACAGUAUGGUGGUGGUGGUGGUGGUCAUCAUUACCCUUCAAAAAAGGGCAAGUACAACAACUCAGGUGGCGGUGGUGGUGGUGCAGGGCAAGGUCAUUUGAUGGCACCUUCUGGACCAUCAGUGGGUGGUUACAACCCUGCUGUUCCUCCGGCAUUGACUCCUGCUUUGGGGCAGGCGUUGACUGCACUUCUUGCGACUCAGGGAGCUGGACUCGGGAAUCUUUUAGGACUUGGUGGACCUCCACAGGGGAUGCCGCCACCGAUGAACAAUGCUGGAUAUGGAAACCAGGCAGGCCGCCACAAGGUGGUGCACCUUACAUGGGCCAUGGUCACUAGAUUCCAUUCCAUUCCAUCAUGUUUUUGUUUUGGACUCCUGCUGAUUCUUCUCAAGUUCCGGCAUGCAAAUGAAGUGUUUUCUUUCUAAUAUUAUGUUGUAGCAAAAAAAGUAACCAUUUGCUUAAAGAGCAGAAUCGUUAAACCUGUAUUUCCCUAUUUUCAGUUACAAUUACUAGUAUUUUGAAACUAUGUAGUAGUAUUUCUUUCACUUUUAUUAAGUAUCCUCCUUUAAAAAUGUUUGACUUUAACUCUC